GUCGGGGCGCGCGUCCGCCAUAGACUGUCCGGGACCGGCCCCGGCGGCCCGACUCAGCCUUCCUCCCGGUCUCUGGCGGGCCGGCGGCGGGGGGGGCUUCUUGACGGGCCGGGCGGCUUCCCCAGCCUCGCGCCCCUCGGAUGCGCGGGUCCGGGUUGUGGCGGGAGCCCCCGGGCGCUGCGCCCUGCCGGCUCGCCGCCUCCCGCCGCGCACGCGCCGGCCCCUCCCCCCGCCCGCCGCACGUUGGGUGGGGUGGGAGGGCGGGGCCGGUUUAGGGCUCGGGGGCCGCAGGGGGCAGAGGUCAAGGGUCACGCAGGGUCUGUCGGAUGGGCGGGGCGCGGAGGCCGUAACGGAGCCCCAGGUCAAGUGUUGAAGCCGGUGGACUGAGGCGGCGGCCGGGGCCCCGGGAGUCGGUCAAAGGCAGCGCCGCGGCCGAGGAGUUUACUUCAACGCUGGGCAGGCACUUCCGGACUCCGGGCGCGAUUCCCCGCACUACGGCGGCACCGUGGAAGUGCAGACUUUCACAGGGGGUGUGGUCUCAGCUCACACAGGUGCUCCAGAGGCCAGUGGACCUGAACGGAGGCUGGGCCGCCCUAGUGGGCCCCGGGCCCUGGAAGGCGGGUCCCGGUGGCUGGUGGCCCAGAAUGAGGCCAGCUCCCAGCAUGCCCUGCAGCCGGACACCAGCCCCUCUGCCAGCAGCAGUGGUGACAACGACCCCAUCAUUCUUCAGGCAUCCAAAGAGGAGCCUGGGAGUGGGACCAUGCAGAGCAGCCCCUCCCCUGUUCACCCUCAGCUCCCAAUCCUCCAGACACAGAUGGUGUCGGACGGCAUGACAGGCAGCAAUCCUGUGUCCCCUGCCUCAUCUAGCUCUGCAGCCUCUAGUGGGGCAGGUGGCAUCUCCCCCCAACACAUAGCUCAAGAUUCCUCUUUGGAUGGACCUCCAGGGCCCCCAGAUGGCACCCCAGUGGCCCUGGAGGGGCUCAGCUUACCCCAUGCUGCUGACCUGGCUAACAAGGGCCCGAAGUGGGAGAAGAGCCACGCUGAGAUUGCGGAACAGGCCAAACACGAAGCUGAGAUUGAGACUCGCAUUGCUGAGCUGCGGAAAGAGGGUUUCUGGUCACUGAAGAGGCUGCCUAAAGUGCCAGAGCCUCCCCGCCCCAAAGGCCACUGGGACUAUCUGUGUGAGGAGAUGCAGUGGCUGUCUGCUGACUUCGCUCAGGAGCGACGUUGGAAGCGAGGUGUGGCCCGAAAGGUGGUGCGCAUGGUAAUCAGACACCAUGAGGAGCAGCGGCAGAAAGAGGAACGGGCCCGGAGGGAGGAGCAGGCCAAGCUGCGUCGAAUCGCCUCCACCAUGGCUAAGGACGUCAGGCAGUUCUGGAGUAACGUGGAGAAAGUGGUGCAAUUCAAGCAACAGUCCCGACUGGAAGAAAAGCGCAAAAAAGCUCUAGACCUGCAUCUGGAUUUUAUCGUGGGGCAAACGGAAAAGUACUCAGACCUCUUGUCCCAGAGCCUCAACCAGCCUCUAGCCUCCAGCAAAGCUGGCUCUUCCCCUUGCCUUGGGUCUUCCUCAGCUGCCUCUAGCCCUCCACCCCCCGUUUCCCGACUGGAUGAUGAAGAUGGGGACUUCCAACCCCAAGAGGAGGAGGAAGAGGAUGAUGAGGAGACCAUUGAGGUUGAAGAACAACAGGAAGGCAAUGAUGCAGAGACCCAGAGGCGCGAGAUUGAGCUACUUCGACGUGAGGGAGAACUGCCGCUGGAAGAGCUGCUCCGUUCCCUCCCCCCUCAGCUGCUAGGAGGGCCUUCCAGCCCCUCAAGGACCCCCUCAUCUCAUGAUAGUGACACCCGAGAUGGGCCUGAGGAAGGCGGUGAAGAAGAACCCUCUCAGGUGUUGAAGGAAAAGCCCUCGACCCCUGCCUCACAGUGCAACAAAAAAGCAUGGCAUCCAGAUGAGGAUGAUGAAGAGUUCACUGCCAACGAGGAUGAAGCGGAAGAUGAAGAGGAUACCAUCGCAGCAGAGGAGCAGUUGGAAGGGGAGGUGGAUCAUGCCAUGGAAUUGAGCGACUUGGCUCGAGAAGGUGAGUUGUCUAUGGAGGAGCUGCUGCAGCAGUACGCAGGCGCCUAUGCUUCAGAUGCCUCUGCCCCAGACUCUGGGAGCAGUGAAGAGGAAGAGGAAGAGGAAGAUGAGGUUGAGGCUAACAGCUCUGAUUGUGAACCAGACAGGGCCACAGAAGCUGAAGAGGCUCAGGAGGAAAGCAGCAGUCAGUCAGACUCUGCUGAGGAGCAGACUGAGGAUGAGGAAGAUGAGCAUUCUGAGGAGGAUGAAACAACUGGAAGUUCUCAGUCGGAAGAAUCUGAAUCUGAUGAAUCUGAGGAGACUCAAUCACAGAGCCAAACAGAUGAGGAGGCGGAGGAGGAGGAAGAGGAGGAGGAGGAGGAAGAAGAUGACUGUGGCGUGGAGUACUUGCUUGCGAGGGAUGAAGAGCAAAGUGAAGCAGAUGGGGGCAGUGGGCCUCCCACCCCAGGGCCCACGACCACUCUAGGGCCUAAGAAAGAAAUUACUGACAUUGCUGCAGCAGCGGAAAGUCUCCAGCCCAAGGGAUAUACCUUGGCCACUACCCAGGUGAAGACACCCAUCCCCCUGCUCCUUCGGGGCCAGCUCCGGGAAUACCAACACAUUGGACUGGACUGGCUGGUCACGAUGUAUGAGAAGAAGCUCAACGGCAUCCUUGCUGAUGAGAUGGGGCUUGGCAAGACGAUCCAGACCAUCUCCCUGCUUGCCCACUUGGCUUGUGAGAAAGGUAACUGGGGUCCACAUUUGAUCAUUGUCCCCACUAGUGUGAUGUUGAACUGGGAGAUGGAACUAAAGCGUUGGUGCCCCAGCUUUAAAAUCCUCACUUACUACGGAGCCCAGAAGGAGAGGAAGCUCAAGCGGCAGGGCUGGACCAAGCCCAAUGCCUUCCAUGUGUGUAUCACAUCUUACAAGCUGGUGCUGCAGGACCAUCAGGCCUUCCGCCGCAAGAACUGGCGCUAUCUUAUUCUGGAUGAGGCACAGAACAUCAAAAACUUCAAGUCACAACGCUGGCAGUCACUGCUCAACUUCAACAGCCAGAGACGCCUGCUGCUUACUGGAACUCCACUGCAAAACAGUCUCAUGGAGCUAUGGUCUUUGAUGCAUUUUUUGAUGCCUCAUGUCUUCCAGUCUCAUCGAGAGUUCAAAGAAUGGUUCUCUAACCCCCUAACUGGCAUGAUUGAGGGCAGCCAGGAAUACAAUGAGGGGCUAGUCAAACGCCUCCACAAGGUUUUGCGACCAUUUUUGCUGCGCAGAGUUAAAGUGGAUGUUGAGAAGCAGAUGCCUAAAAAGUACGAGCACGUUAUUCGCUGCCGGCUCUCCAAGCGCCAGCGCUGUCUCUACGAUGACUUCAUGGCACAGACCACAACUAAGGAGACACUGGCCACAGGCCAUUUCAUGAGUGUCAUCAAUAUUUUGAUGCAGCUCCGAAAAGUGUGUAAUCACCCAAACCUCUUUGACCCUCGACCUGUCACCUCCCCCUUCAUCACCCCGGGCAUCUGCUUCAGCACUGCAUCUCUGGUACUGCGGGCCACUGACAUCCACCCCCUCCAGCGGAUAGACAUGGGUCGCUUUGAUCUUAUUGGCAUGGAGGGUCGUGUGUCUAGAUAUGAAACUGACACAUUUCUGCCACGAUACCGCCUCUCCCGCCGGGUCCUGCUAGAAGUGGCUAUUGCUCCUGACCCCCCACCACGACCAAAGCCGGUCAAGAUGAAGGUCAACAGGAUGCUGCAGCCAGUGCCCAAGCAAGAAGGUCGGACGGUAGUGGUGGUGAACAGUCCACGGAACCCUCUAGGCCCCGUCCCAGUUCGACCUCCUUCAGGCCCCGAGCUCUCAGCCCCACCUGCCCCUGGCCCAGUUCCUCCAGCGAUGCCAGCACCACUGAUGGCGUCCACCUCACCUGCUGGGACCCCACAUAUUCCAACAUCCCGGCCUCCUGGCCCUGUUCUACUGCCCCCACUGCAGCCAAACAGUGGGGCACUCCCUCAGGUGUUGCCAUCUACCCUAGGGGUCCUGAGUGGGACCUCACGGCCUCCUACGCCAACCCUGUCCCUGAAGCCAGCCCCACCGGCCCCCGUUCGCUUGAGCCCUGCUCCACCACCAGGCUCCUCGAGCCUGUUGAAGCCUUUGACAGUGCCACCAGGCUACACCUUUCCUUCUGCUGCUCCUGCUGCCACCACCACCACCCCUGCCGCCAUAGCCACUGCUGCCACCACAGCAGUGCCAGCUCCUCCUCCUGUGCCACAGCGCCUCAUCCUGUCUCCGGAUAUGCAGGCUCGCCUACCCUCAGGCGAAGUGGUCAGCAUCGGGCAGUUGGCCUCACUGGCUCAGCGUCCAGUGACGAGUGCAGGGGGUAGCAAGCCUCUCACCUUCCAAAUCCAGGGCAACAAGCUGACUUUGACUGGUGCCCAGGUGCGCCAACUUGCUGUGGGGCAGCCCCGCCCGCUGCAAAUGCCACCAACCAUGGUGAAUAACACAGGCGUGGUGAAGAUUGUAGUAAGACAGGCCCCUCGGGAUGGACUGACUCCUGUUCCUCCAUUGGCUCCAGCGCCCCGGCCACCCAGCUCUGGGCUUCCAGCUGUGUUGACUCCACGUCCCACAAUAACACCUGGUCGACUACCCACACCUACCCUGAGUACUGCCCGGGCCUCCAUACCCACGCCCACUAUGGUGAGGCCUCUCCUCAAGCUGGUCCACAGUCCGCCUGAAAUUAGUGCUUCAGCACCCGGAGCUGCUCCCCUGACCGUCUCCUCUUCUCUUCCUGGGCCAGCCUCUUCUCCAGUGCCAGUUCCCAAUUCCUCUCCCCUCACAAGUCCUGUGUCCUCUACAGUUCCAGUGUCAUCUUCACUGCCUGUCUCUGUCGCCUCCACACUUCCUGUCCAAGCCUCGGCUCCACUCACCAUCCCCAUCUCAGCCCCUCUGCCUGUUUCGGCUUCAGGGACAACACUAUUGAGCACCAUGACUCCAACACUGGCACCCGUUGUCUCAGCAGCUCCUGGACCCUCUUUGACAGCAGCUGGGCCUUCCCCAUCCGCAUCACCCUUGACUCUAGGCUUGGCCACAACAGCAUCCUUGUCCCCAUCUCAGGCACCUGCUCACCCUCUGUUGUUGGCUCAGACCUCUUCACAUGUUCCGGGCUUGAACUCAGCUGUGGCUCCAGCAUGUUCACCUGUCCUGGUGCCAGCUUCGGCUCUGGCUAGUCCUUUCCCAGCAGCACCAAACCCAGCGCCAGCUCAGGCUUCCCUUCUGGCUUCAGGAUCUUCAGCAUCUCAGGCUCUGGCCCCCUCUCUGGCUCCCAUGGCAACUCCACCAACAGCAGUCCUGGCUCCUCCGGCUCCUUCUCUGACUCCUCUUCCAGUCCUGUCCCCGUCAUUGGGUCCUGCUCCGAUCCUGGCUCCAUCACAGACUCCGGUUCCAGUUUUGGCUUCUUCAUCUACUUCAGGAACUCCCUUAGCCUCCGCGUCUUCAUUGGCGUCAGCCUCGACGACGGUGUUGGCGCCAUCCACUCAAACUAUGGUACCAACCCCAGUCCCGUCAGCUCUUCCGAGCCCAAUUUCCAUGCAGACGUUGACCUUGGCCCCAGCUUUAGCAUCUACUCUUGGUGGCUCAUCUCCAUCUCAAACACUCUCCAUGGGAACAGGGAACCCCCAGGGCUCGUUUCCAGCGCAGACAUUGUCAUUGACUCCAACAUCACCCCUCGUACCAGCCCCAGCCCAGACACUGUCCCUGGCACCAGGACCACCACCGGGUCCCACCCAGGCACUGUCUCUGGCUCCAGCACCUCCUCUGGCUCCAGUUUCUCCAGUGGGGCCAGCUCCGGCUCACACACUAACCCUGGCUCCAGUAUCAUCUGCUUCACUCCUGGCCCCGGCUUCAGUGCAGACAUUGACGUUGAGCCCGGCUCCCAGUCCGCUGUCCACCUUGGGCCCAGCUGCAGCUCAGACUCUGGCACUGGCCCCAGCCUCUGCACAGUCUUUAGCUCCCCAGGCGUCCUCCCUUGUUUCAACAUCUGGUGUCUCCCCCUUGCCUGUCACCAUGGUAUCCCGACUGUCUGUUCCCAAGGAUGAGCCUGAGACACUGACAUUGCGCUCUGGUCCCCCGAGCCCUCCUUCCCCUGCUACCUCGUUCAGUGGUCCCCGGCCUCGACGCCAGCCCCCCCCACCACCUCGUUCCCCUUUCUAUCUGGACUCUCUGGAAGAAAAGCGGAAGCGGCAGCGGUCUGAACGCUUGGAACGGAUUUUCCAACUUAGUGAGGCUCAUGGGGCCCUGGCACCCAUGUAUGGGACUGAAGUCCUGGAUUUUUGUACCCUGCCCCAACCUGUUGCCAGCCCCAUCGGCCCUCAUUCUCCUGGCCCCAGCCACCCCACCUUUUGGACUUAUACCGAGGCUGCCCGCCAGGCUGUACUGUUUCCCCAGCAACGACUAGACCAGCUGUCAGAAAUCAUUGAGAGGUUCAUCUUUGUCAUGCCUCCUGUGGAGGCACCUCCCCCUUCCCUGCAUGCCUGCCACCCACCUCCUUGGCUGGCUCCACGUCAGGCAGCCUUCCAGGAGCAAUUGGCCUGUGUGCUCUGGCCCAGGGCUCGUCCUUUGCACCGUAUUGUGUGUAACAUGCGCACCCAGUUCCCUGACUUGAGGCUCAUCCAGUAUGAUUGUGGAAAGUUGCAAACGCUGGCAGUGCUGUUGCGACAGCUCAAGGCAGAAGGCCACCGGGUGCUCAUCUUUACCCAGAUGACCCGAAUGCUAGAUGUAUUGGAACAGUUUCUCACCUACCACGGCCACCUCUACUUGCGUCUGGAUGGAUCUACAAGAGUUGAACAGAGACAGGCCUUGAUGGAAAGAUUCAAUGCAGACAAGCGCAUAUUCUGCUUCAUCCUUUCAACUCGGAGUGGGGGUGUGGGUGUGAACCUGACAGGAGCAGACACUGUUGUUUUCUAUGACAGCGACUGGAAUCCCACCAUGGAUGCUCAGGCCCAGGAUCGCUGUCACCGUAUUGGCCAGACUCGAGAUGUCCACAUCUAUAGGCUUAUAAGUGAGCGGACAAUAGAGGAGAACAUUCUGAAAAAGGCAAAUCAGAAGAGAAUGUUGGGAGACAUGGCCAUUGAGGGAGGCAACUUUACCACAGCCUACUUUAAACAGCAGACCAUCCGAGAGCUGUUUGAUAUGCCCCUGGAGGAGCCUGCUGGCUCGUCUGUGUCCUCUGCCCCUGAAGAGGAGGAAGAAACGGUGGCCAGCAAGCAGACCCAUAUCCUGGAGCAGGCGUUGUGUCGAGCAGAGGAUGAGGAAGACAUCCGUGCCGCCACGCAGGCCAAAGCUGAACAGGUGGCUGAGCUCGCAGAAUUCAACGAGAAUGACGGGUUUCCUGCUGGUGAGAGUGAAGAGAACAGUCGACCUGGGGCGGAGGAUGAAGAAGUAUCUCGGGCUGAACAAGAAAUUGCUGCCCUUGUCGAGCAGCUGACCCCCAUUGAGCGCUAUGCCAUGAAAUUCCUCGAAGCCUCGCUGGAAGAGGUGAGCCGAGAGGAGCUUAAGCAGGCAGAAGAACAAGUGGAAGCUGCCAGAAAGGACCUGGACCAAGCCAAGGAGGAGGUGUUCCGCCUACCCCAGGAGGAGGAAGAGGGGUCAGGGGCUGGUGAUGAGGUUUCCUGUGGGACUGGUGGGGGCAGCCACCGCCGAAGUAAGAAGGCCAAGGCCCCCGAGAGGCCAGGAACUCGUGUCAGCGAGCGUCUUCGUGGAGUCCGGGCAGAGAUUCAAGGGUCCAACCACACUCCUGUCACAUCCUCCCCUCAUAUCUGCAGCACCUCCACACCCUCUCGUAGUCCUGCUAGAGAACGAGUUCCACGGCCAGCACCUAGGCCUCGACCCUCUCCACCUUCCUCUGUAAUCCCAGUCCCUGCCCCCAUCCCUGUCCCUGACCCCGUCCCCAACCCUGUCCCCAUCCCCGUCCCCAUCCCUGUUGCUGCCCCCGCCCCCGCGCCCAUGCCCAUUUCAGCUCCAAGUCCAAUAACCAUGCUCCCUGUCCAUGUCUUGCCUUCUCCCCCUCUUCCUCCUCCACAGGUCCCUCCUCCUUGCUCUUCUGUCUGCACUCCUCCUCCUGCCUGCACACCGCCUCCUGCUCAUACCCCACCACCAGCUCAUACCCCACCACCAGCUCAUACCCCACCACCAGCUCAUACCCCACCACCAGCUCAUACCCCACCUCCAAAUCAAACCUCUCUCUUAACUCCUUCCUCUCCUCUCCUGCCUGAUUUGCCUUCUGCACCUGUCUCGCCGCCAGUCCCCACCAUCGCCAUGGGCCCGGGCCCUGAGGCAGAGCUGUGUGCUCAAGCCUCAGCAUCUGCUGAGCCUCUGGAACUGGCUGAUCAAACCAGUUCCGAAGCUUCUGCGCUUAGUCUUGUGCCCCCUAAGGAUUUGUCACCACUUGCCAUUGAGACCCUGCCUGUGUUGGAGGAGAACCUUUCUCUUAUCUCUUCUACACCCAGCCCAAAGCUAGAGGCCGGCAGCAUCCCCAGCAGCAUCCCCAACGGUCAAGAGCAGGAGGUGCUGGAGCCUGCCCAGGGGACCAUCCCCCCAGUGCUGCCUGAUGGUGAGGAGGUUCCCACGGGCCUGAGUGAGAGCAAUGGCUUGGAGCUCCCGCCCUCAGCAGCAUCUGAUGAGCUACUGCAGGAGCCACUGGAGAAUGCUAAGAAUGCAGAAGAGCCAGUAGAGACCCAGACUCCAACCUCCAGCCCAGAGAAGCCACAAGAAUUUGCUUCAGUUGAGGUCACAGUCCCAUCAACCUCAUCCUCAGCCACCUCCUCACCUGAGGGCCCUUCACCUGCCCGGCCCCCUCGGCGUCGCACCAGUGCUGAUGUAGAAAUCAGGGGUCAGGGGGCUGGCCAGCAUGGGCAGCCUCCAGGACCCAAAGUGCUUCGAAAGCUCCCAGGACGCCUAGUGACUGUGGUGGAGGAGAAAGAGCUGGUGAGGCGGCGGCGACAGCAUCGGGGAGCGGCCAGUGUCCUAGUGCCUGGGGCCUGCCCGGGAAGUCCAUCUGCCCGCAGCACGUCGGGGCCAGAGUUCUCACCUCACACCAGUGGACCCUGCAAAGCUGCUCCCCCAUCCACACUGCCCACCCCAACCCAGCAGCCCUACAUAGCUCGCCGCCGCAUUGAGUUGGGGGUUCCUGGUGGGAGCAGUCCAGAGAACGGGGAAGGGACACUGCUUGCCGUCACUCCCCCUGCUGUGAAGCGUCGGAGGGGCAGGCCUCCCAAGAAGAAUAGAUCUCCCGCAGAUGCUAGACGAGGGGUAGAUGAUGCACCUCUGUCCACCUCCAAGGGGAAAACCAACGGAGCUGACUCGGUCCCUGCAGCUGAAACCCUGACUGUCGCAGAGCCUGUCCCAGAACCCCAGCGUGUUCCUUCACCCCAGCCCCUAAGGCCCCGGUCAGCUCAUAGACCUAAGCCCAUCAUCCUCUCACCUGUGGAGAAGAAAAGGCGUGGGCGGCCCCCUAAGGCUCGAGAGUUGCCUACUCCUGGAACCACUUUCUCUCCAGGGGAUGGCAGCUUGGAGAGUCGGACACAGCCACUCCCAUCACCACCACCUCCUCCCCCGCCCCUGCCACCACCACCACCACCACCCCCUCCGCCACUGCUGUCUAGCCCCACUGCUCCUGUGGCCAACACUGUCACCAAUCUCACCAUUUCAACAUCCCCACCCAAGCGGAAGCGAGGCCGGCCACCCAAGAAUCCACCAUCACCUCGUCCCAGCCAGCUCCCUGUCUUGGACCGUGACAGCUCCUCUGUCCUGGAGAGUUGUGGAUUGGGAAGGAGGCGGCAACUCCAGGGCCAGGCGGAGAGUGAGGGCAGUUCCUCUGAUGAGGAUGGAAGCCGUCCCCUCACCCGCCUGGCCCGACUACGACUUGAAACUGAGGGAGUCCGGGGACGGAAGGGUGAAGGGUCCACGGUGGUGGCCGUGAUUCAAGAUGACCUGGAUUUGGCAGAGAGCAGCCCAGGCGGGUUAGAAUUGACGCCUCCCAUGGUCUCUUUAGCUCCGAAACUGCGUUCCACCCGGCUGCGUCCAGGGUCUCUAGUACCCCCACUAGAAACAGAGAAGGUGCCUCGCAAGCGGGCAGGGGCCCCACUCGGCGGGGGACCAGGGCUGGCAAAGAGGGGUCGUCUGCAGCCACAUAGUCCCCUUGGGCCAGAGGGUUCAGUAGAGGAAUCUGAGGCUGAAGCCUCCGGUGAGGAGGAGGAGGGGGAUGAGACCCCUCGCCGACGACCUGGCCCCCGCCGGCUUGUUGGGGUCAUCAACCAAGGGGACCAGCGCAUCCUGCGCAGCAGUGCCCCUUCCCACUUGACUAGCCCUGCUGUUAGUCACAGAGGCCGGAAGGCCAAGACGUGAGUGACCUGCCCUCCUCCCGGGCUUCCCACCAUGGCCCCUCUCCCUCCACAACCAGGCCUGGCUCUGCUAACCACUACUUGAAGUCUUUUGAGGGGGAAACAAACCUCCAUGGAGACAUAGGGGCCUUCUCCCUUCCCACCAAAGUAGGGGGUAGGCAACUGGUUGUCGUGGAAACGGGGCUCUUCACUGACCCCCUUCCCUUCCACCCCAUGUGGCUGGGCAGUGUUAAAGGGUGGCAAGAUAGUUUCUGUCCCCACCCCCUUGUACUUGACUCCCCGGCUAUCUUUCAAGCCCCCUCCCCCGCCCUUAGGGGAAGGGGGAGGGGCUUCUCUACAAUGAGGUUUUUUUUUUUUUUUUUAAGAAGAAAAAAUAAUAAACUUAGUUUCUGUAUGAG